GGAGCUGCCCGGCUGGCUUCCUCCAACAUUGCCGCUUGCCCAACUGCCGGCCGGGCCAGGCAGCAGGGAAGCCCCGAGUCCCCUUUGCGGGGACCUCUCCGAGCCCCUCCGGGGCGUCCCUUGGGUCUCUCCCGCUGGCACGCCCGAUCGGAGGGCUAUGUCCCAGCACUCCAUGAAUUUCCUCCUGGUGCCCAUCCCGGAAUACCCGCUCCUGGAGUGCGCGCCCAACAAAGUCCUCAAGCUGGUGGUGCUGGGGGGCAGCGGCGUAGGAAAGACCGCCCUUGUCGUGCGGUUUCUCACCAAGAGGUUCAUUGGAGACUAUGAAGCCAACACGGGUGCUUUAUACUCCAGAAAAUUCACCAUUGACGGAGAACAGAUUUCCUUACAAGUCCAGGAUACGCCGUUUGUUUCUCUGGAGGACGAGAAUGACGCCAUCUGUUGCCAGGAGCAGAUCAACCGCUCCAUUUAUUGGGCCGACGGCUUCGUCUUCGUCUACUCCAUCACGGACUAUGAGAGCUACCGCGUCAUCCGCCCGUUGCACCAGCACAUCCGGAAGAUUCACCCCAACGCCAACAUCCCUUUGCUGCUGAUGGCCAACAAGGGGGACCUGCUCCGAGCCAGGCAGGUGUCCACAAAGGAGGGCCACCAGCUUGCCAAUGAGCUGGGCUGCCCGUACUCAGAGGUCUCUGCGCGGGAGAACUGCGAAGGGGUUCACGGGGCCUUUCAGCAGCUGUGCCAAGAGCUGAGCCGGAUCAUUGGGAAUUGCAACGGGGAGAAGCGGAGGGGCCUCCAUCUCAUCCGGCCCAAAUCGCCCAACAUGCAAGAACUGAAGAGGAGGCUCAAGCAAGCCUUGUCUUCCAAAGGCAAAACUGCCACCGUGCUCUGAUGAAUUGCCAAGGGACCGUUCGGGCUGGGCCACAGCAGGCCAAGAAUAGCCAUGUGGGCCUAGUGAUGGUCACCUCGCCAACUGUUUUGGGGGUGAAAGAAGCCCUUUUCAGAAAUGAGACUAGGAGGGCUGGGAAUUUGGGGAGUUAAGCCCUUUCACUAGACCAGGGGUCUCCAAA